ACGUUCACCGGCAGUAUCCCAUUCAAGAUGUCGGCGACGUCUAUGUUCCCCAUGUGUGUCCGAGCGAGCAGGGGCCUUCUCAGUCUCAGGAACGGGACCACGGGAGGUUCGGUCGCCGCAGUGACGGACCUGAUUCGGGGGCUGUCAACGGAACGGCCUACCACGGUGGAAGGGAGUUCCACAGGCGGCCUCGCUCAGGCGAUAUUACAAGAGAGGCUUCAACAGCAACAGAAGAAUCAGGGCCAGCCCCCUCCAGCGGGUGAUGGAGAGGGUGGUGGUGACCAGGGUGACCAUGGUGACCAGGGUGGCGAUACGAAGCAGAAGGAGAACACAGCUUAUGCCAAGAAGAUAGUUCUGAGGCUGGCUGGGCUAAUGGGUCUAGGAGGGGCUGUAGGCAUGGUCUACAUAUUCGGGAGCAAUUCAGUGGACGAGCAAGGAAAUAAGAUUCCAGAUGAAUUUGACACUGACCCACAGGUCGUGCAACAGCUGAGGAGAACUUUCAAGUACUUCCAAGACUACAGACAGAUGAUCAUGGAGCCCACUAGCCCCAGGCUGCUGCCUGACCCCCUGAAGGAGCCUUACUACCAGCCCCCCUACACCCUGGUGCUGGAGCUUACAGACGUGCUGCUGCACCCAGAGUGGUCGCUUGCGACCGGCUGGCGUUUUAAGAAGCGUCCAGGCAUUGACUACCUGUUCCAGCAGCUCGCUCCUCUCUACGAGAUCGUCAUCUUCACCGCCGAGACCGGCAUGACGGCAUACCCCCUGAUUGACAGCAUCGAUCCCCAGGGUUUCGUCAUGUACCGCCUGUUCAGAGACGCCACACGCUACAUGGAGGGACAUCACGUCAAGGAUGUGUCGUGUCUAAACAGGGACACCUCCAAGAUCAUCGUGGUGGACUGUAAGAGAGAAGCCUUCAGCCUGCAGCCCUUCAACGGCAUGGCCCUCAAGAAGUGGGACGGCAACUCUGAGGACCGCACCCUCUAUGACCUCGCCACCUUCCUCAAGACCAUAGCUCUGAGUGGAGUGGAUGAUGUCAGAGGAGUUCUAGAAAACUAUGCCCUGGAGGAGGACCCUAUAGAGGCCUUCAAACGCAGACAGGCACAGCUGGCACAGGAAGAGGAGCAGAGGUUAGCAGAGCUAGCGCAACAGAAGAAGCAGGGCAUCUCUUUAGGUUCCAUUGCCGGAAGGUUCUGGCGUUCCAAGCAACAGUGAGUGGUCCCAAUACCCACCAAUCACGGCCCACCUCUCCAACGUGUCCGACCAAUGGGACCGCGGCCGCAGUCAUCCGGGUGGGCGGGACUUGCGACCUUGUCCGGAAGCGUCCAAUCAGAUGGAGCGGACUGCCAAAACCAUGCCUCGGGGGGGGCGGGACUGUAGAGGAGCAAACCUAAAUCAUCAUAACCUGUGCACCAAUAAGGAGCAGCUUCCUGGGUCUGGAGGGGGCGGAGGCAGCGCAUGCCCCCCUAAUGCUUCUAUUGGUUCUCUGUUGUCACUGGACACAUCCUAAAGGGUGCUGAUUGGUUAAGAGACGUUCAUCAGCUUCUGCUCAU